AUGGCAAAGGAUUUCGACUUGACCGAAAGGCGCCCCUUCGAUGACCAGCUGGCCUCCGUCUACGAUCACGAUCUGAUGAGCAUGGACCUCCCCAUUCGGAAGGGUCUGGUUCGCUUCGCCAUCGAGAAACCUCAGAGGAAAAGGUCGGCUCCACGGUCAUCGAGGGUCAGAUCUCUCGCGAACUUCGUCCGCAAACGAGCGGACUCCACCAAGUCUCGGGAAGUUUGCCCAAGUUUCUCGGAUUGGGUCACUCGGACCGAAGCCGAAGAUCCGUACGGCAACCGAGUCACUGUUCUGGAGCACGUGCCCAUAAAUGGAACCCUGGUACGCCAGUACUUCUACGAGACGUUCUGCCAUGGCAUCGAGUCAACCGAAGAGAAUCCGCGACCUCUGGAGAAAAGCCAACACCGCGAAUGCCUAGCCAUCGACAAGGGACAGUGGAAUUCUCGCUGCCGCGAGAACUACAUUUGGACCUAUGGAAAGGUGCUGAAGGAGGACGGUAAGCUAGGCUGGAGCGUGAUUGCCAUCCGCGGAUCAUGCUCGUGUGGUGUCAGCCGAAAACCUCACAAAGGAGGUAACUCAUUCGACGAGUCCGAGUGA